AUGGCAGCGGGAAAAAAGAAAGCACCACAACAUCAGCCGCCACAACAUCAACAGCAGCAGCAGCAGCUACAGCAGCAGCUACAGCAGCAGCAGCAGCAACAACAACAACUAAAAUCCCAAAAGUGCCCGGACGGAUGCACACUAAUACCUUGGAGAGCUGGCAGAUGUUUGGCGUGGGAUGUUACGGUCCCUAGCACCCUUGCCGAACGAUAUGUAAACCUGACAAGUAAAGAAUGCGGUUUCGCCGCGGCCAGGGCAGCGGACGGGAAAAUGAAAAAAUAUGGGAACGCCCUCCCCUCGAUGAAAUUCUUGCCAAUAUGUAUCGAGGUUCUCGGCCCGAUGGACCCCAACACCCUUAAAUUUCUUAAGGCAAUAUGUAAAAUGAUCAACGAGGCGAUAGACGACAUGGAAGCGGACGUUGAUGACGUCACUAGCAACGACGAUGAUGAAUUUGACGCCAAGGUUCUCGAAUUCGAAGUCUUCGAUCCGAAGACCAAACAGAACCACAAAGGAAAGUUCGUCAGGGUUACUGGCAAGCCCGGUGAAGGGCUCGCCAGUAACCCUCACCGCUGCCCCAUCAAGUACCAACUUUUUUUUGAUGGAAAGCCAAUUGAGGAGAACGCCCUAGAAGGGCCCAACAACGAGCUGGCUAACCUUUAUGAUGAAGGAGGUGACGGAGUUAAUUACUUGGCCUAA